AUGGGCCUGUUGCCAAAAAACCACACCUUAAACUCUGAGUUUAUUAUCCUGGGCUUCGGGAACCUGGCUGGGCUGCAAAUCUUCUUCUUUGGACUCUUUCUAGCCAUGCAUCUUGUCACCCUGGCAGGACAUACAACCAUCGUGCUCAUCACCCUCUUCGACUCCACCAUUGAAAUUUGUUAUAUAUUGGUGAUCGUCCCCAACAUGCUGGCCAAUUUCCUAUCCAGGAGCCAGCGGAUGCCCUUCCUGGGCUGUGCCUUGCAAAUGCACCUCUUCAUCGCCCUGGGUGGGGCAGAGUGCUUCCUCCUGGCUGUGAUGGCCUACGACCGCUUCGUGGCCAUCUGCAACCCCCUGCGCUAUUCGGUCAUCGUCACCAGGGCCCUCUGUCUGCAGAUGCUGACUCUGGCCUGCAUCAGUGGCUUUGCGCUCUCCCUCAUCCUCACCACACUGAUAUUCCUCCUGCCCUUCUGUCAGUCCCACAAGAUCAAUCAUUUCUUCUGUGACAUCCCUGCUGUGCUCUUUCUGGCCUGCUCAGACACGAGAGCCAACGAGAUUGCAGUCUUCCUCGUCUGCUUGCUCAUCCUGCUGGUUCCCUUCCUGCUGAUUCUGCUGUCCUAUACAUUCAUUAUCGCCGCCAUCCUCAAAAUCCACUCAGCCGAGGGAAGGAGCAAAGCCUUUUCCACCUGCGCUGGGCACCUGCUGGUCUCUGUUCUACACUAUGGCUGCGCCAUUUUCAUCUACAUUCGCCCAAAGUCGUGCUACACCCCGGAACAGGACAAAAUUGUGUCCUUAAUCUACACCAAUGUAACCCCCCAUGCUCUACCCUAUGAUCUAUAG